AGUAGCAUCAGCAGCCAGUGUGGCGCUGGAGCUCUGCUGAUCCGUGCGCUCCUCCACCAGGCUGCCUGCACAGGAGCAGCCUGAUCCCGUCACCUCCUCCUCCUCCUCCUCCUCCUCCUCUUGUACAUUAUUACAACAAGGGAGACCCAAUCAAGCACGUAUCUCAUCGAUUCGCACACACACACGCGCGCGCUGGCACGUGCGCGCGCGCCCAUGCUGACUGAAAGACUUGCCCUCAGCGGAUCCUUCAAAGCGCUCUCGGACAAAAUAAGGCAGCCGCGCGCCAGAGAGGGCAGCGCGUGGGCGACACCUUCUCCUCUUCUUCAUCUUCCUCUCCGCUGAUUUUUAUUUUUUUAUUCUAAUUCUCCCUGACUGAUCAGCUGCGAUUGGAUUUUUUAUUUUAUUUUUAUUUUAAGAAAGAUGGUUUCAGCUCCUGACUCCAGAGUCUGCGCGGAGGAGGAAGCUGGUGGAUAACGGGACAGAGGAGCCGCGCGUAAACUCGCCUGUUGCAGCCCAGAGGAUCACACGAAGCGCUUUGCUCCCCGCGUGGAUCGCGCACCCCCACAGGUUUUUUCCGCUUCUGUCACGUCCAUCCGAACCCGAGCAGGAGGGAGAGCGCGUGACCGAACCGCCGAACAGAGAAGAGAGCGAAAGAGAGAGAGAGGGGGGGACACCACGCUGGGUCCCCAACCCCCUCCCGGGCUUUGAUCUUCGCUCGUACCGGCUCUGAUUUUCUUCCAAAGCUGCCCUCCGUCCUCUACUUGAACACACUCCCCACCUCGAUCUAUGUGGGAGCCCUGAAAGCGCACCCAGGCAGGCGGGGGCGGGCCGGGGGGGAGAGUGUAUCAAAGCUCGUCGGAUCCCCCACGCAGCCUCGGAUCACCGUGGCCACAGACACACUCCCUGCCGGGCCCGUGAAGCCGACAUGCCGCGGAGGAAGCAGCAGGCGCCCCGGCGCGCCGCAGCAUAUGUCCCCGAUGAUGAGAAGGAAGCAGCCCUAUUGGAUGAGGACAUAGAUGGAGAGGACUCAGCUCAAGAAGGGGAGGAGCCUGUUGCCAAGCUCCUAUGCCAGGAUAAGGACUUCCUGCACAAGGAAAGGCCAGGAUCCACUGGCAUCCAUGACUCUCCCAAUGCAGCUGACUUUUCUGGCCAGGAGCUAGACAGUGAGUCUCACCUGAGUGAAUCCAGUGACAGAAUGUCUGAUUUUGAAAUCUCCUCACUUAAAAAUGAAGAUGACGUCCUCCUUCCUAAAGACUCUUCAAAUGCACUGUCCCCAUCCUUGUCUUCUGCUAUGGUGGCUGUGGCAAAUGCCAAUGCAUCUGUAAGUGGAGAUGAGGCCUUUUUAGCUGCAACAAGCUCUGUGGCUGAUAGCCUUGAGAAGAUGAAGGCCAUUUACACAUCUUUUCUGAGCAAUUCCUAUUGGUCUUCACUCAAUUUGAAUCUGACUCAGCCACCAGCAGAGAAACCUCCUCGCAGUCAUAGCAGCAGCAGUAGUAGCAGCAGCAGUAGCAGCUGUGGGAGUGGAGGAUUUGACUGGCAUCAGACAGCUAUGGCUAAAACUCUUCAACAGGCUUCCCAGAACCACCACAACAGACUGAACCUGGUUCAGCAUCCCACAAUGGCUGCACCAACAACUACCACAGAACCUAACCUAUUUAGUACUGUCCAGCUUUACCGUCAGAGUUCCAAGCUUUAUGGCUCUAUAUUCACUGGAGCCAGCAAAUUUCGUUGUAAGGACUGUAGCGCAGCAUAUGAUACUCUAGUAGAACUCACAGUACACAUGAAUGAGACAGGCCACUACCGUGAUGAUAACCAUGAGACAGAUAGUGAGGGUGCUAAACGCUGGUCAAAACCCAGAAAACGGUCCUUAUUAGAGAUGGAGGGGAAGGAAGAUGCACAAAAGGUCCUCAAGUGCAUGUACUGUGGGCACUCUUUUGAAUCCCUUCAGGACCUAAGUGUCCACAUGAUCAAGACAAAACACUAUCAGAAAGUGCCUCUAAAAGAACCUGUUACACCAGUGGCAGCUAAAAUUAUAUCUGCUGUUCGAAAGAGACCCCCUAUUGAACUAGAUAUACCUAGCUCACCUGACUCAACAGGAGGCACCACACCUAAGCCCACCUCCUUCAGUGACUCUAAUGACAUUCUGCAAAAGGCUACUAACCCCUACAUUACACCUAACAACCGUUAUGGACACCAAAAUGGUGCCAGCUAUGCCUGGCAGUUUGAAUCCAGAAAAUCACAAAUUCUCAAAUGCAUGGAAUGUGGCAGCUCUCAUGACACACUGCAAGAACUUACUGCUCAUAUGAUGGUGACAGGACAUUUCAUUAAAGUUACCAACUCUGCUAUAAAGAAAGGCAAACCAAUUAUGGAGUCCCCCACCCAAGUUCAUACAUCCAACUUAGCUGCUGAAGAAAAAGUACAGUCAGUUCCACUGGCUGCCACAACAUUUUCCUCUCCACCUGCCCCAGUGCCUCCUCCGACCAGCAUUUCACCCUCUGCAAUGAUAGUAGAAAUAAAAAAGGAGGAGAAGGAAGAGGAAUGCACAAAAGAUUUCAUUAUAAACAAUGCCAGCAACCUCAACAAGGAUAAAAGAGCAGGUGGAGAAGAUGUGGCUGAGGAGAAGUUUGAUAUUUCAUCAAAAUACACUUAUCUGACUGAAGAGGAUCUGGAUGAAAGUCCAAAGGGGGGUCUAGAUAUUCUCAAGUCCUUGGAGAACACAGUAACAUCAGCCAUUAACAAAGCCCAGAAUGGUGCUCCAAGCUGGGGUGGAUAUCCUAGCAUACAUGCUGCUUACCAGCUCCCAAACAUAAUGAAGCUCUCUCUUGGUAACUCUGGAAAGAGCUCUCCCCUCAAAUAUAUGUUCCCUGGAGGAGAGAUUUUCUCUCCUACUGCUAAGAGUCAACCAUUGAUCUCACCACCAAGUCGUCAGACCUCUCCAUUACCUAAAAACAACUUCCAUGCAAUGGAGGAACUAGUCAAAAAAGUGUCAGAAAAAGUGUCUAAAGUAGAGGAAAAAUUGAGAGAGCCCCGAGUGAAGGAUUCUCCAUUAAGAUGCAUGACUCCCUCACCCUGUAACAGUGAGGCAGAAGACUCAACCCAAGGGGAGUCACCCAAAGAAAAUAGGGCGUCAGACUGUAAAAACCCUGAGAAUACAGAUGUAACAGAAGAGGUGGUAAGAAAUGGAACUGGAACAAAUCACAAAGAUUCAAAUGGUAACAUUUCUACAAAAGGGUCUGUAGAAAAUGGAGUGGAACCCACUGAUGCAAUGUCACCCAUGCAUGCCUCUUUGUGUGGCAGCACAACCAUCAUCACAGAUCAUCCACCACCAGAACAGCCAUUUGUCAACCCUCUCAGUGCUCUGCAGUCAGUAAUGAACGUCCACCUGGGGAAGGCUGCAAAGCCGGCCAUGCCUUCCCUUGAUCCUAUGAGUAUGCUAUUCAAGAUGAGCAACAGUCUGGCAGAGAAAGCAGCAGUGGCUUCUUCCACCCCACCAGCACACACCAAAAAGACUAACAACGAGCACUUAGACCGAUACUUCUACCAGCAGCAUCUUAACAGCGAUCAACCUAUUGAUCUCACCAAAGGAAAAAACAUAGACAAGAGUAGUAAUGGUGGUUCCUUGGGUUCUACAGCACUCUCAUCUACCACAUCUACCCCAUCAAUCUCUCCAUCCUCUGCUGCCACAAUGACAAAAGCCUCAGCUGCAGUAGCUUCCUUCAUGUCCUCCUCUCCACUGAGAGAAAAUGCCCUCUCAGAUAUCUCUGACAUGCUGAGAAACCUGACAGAAAGUCAAGCAUUGUCCAAAUCCUCCACACCUACCAGCCAGUCUGAGCGUUCUGAUAUUGAAGGUGCCACACAAGAGGAGACAGAAGAUGUUUCUCCAGCUCAGAAACGUAAAGGUCGCCAGUCCAACUGGAACCCUCAACACCUCCUUAUACUACAAGCCCAGUUUGCUUCCAGUUUAAGACAAACAAAUGAUGGCAAAUACAUGAUGUCGGACCUUAGUCCGCAGGAGAGAAUGCACAUCUCCCGCUUCACAGGCCUCUCAAUGACUACAAUAUCCCACUGGCUAGCUAAUGUUAAGUACCAGUUGAGGCGAACCGGGGGCACAAAGUUCUUAAAAAACUUGGAUUCAGGUCACCCAGUGUUCUUCUGCAGCGACUGCGCUUCACAGAUCCGCUCACCAUCCACCUAUGUGAGCCACCUGGAAUCCCACUUAGGCUUUCGUCUGCGAGACUUGUCUAAGCUUUCUGGGGAGCAACUCCUCAACCAGAUUUCACAGCACCAUCAUCGACGUCACUCUAAAGGCCUAUCUGAAAAACUGUUCUCUAAUCUUCACCUAUCCAGCCACCCUUUACCUUCCUCGUUACAGACAUCUUUACCUUCUUCACUUCCUAUUUCAUUGUCCUCAUCCUUAACAGCAUCUUUGCCCCCUACUGAAACCCCAUCACCCUCCCCUGAUGAUGAUGACAUUGGGGCAGUCUAUCAGUGCAAGCUCUGCAACCGGACUUUUGCUAGUAAGCAUGCGGUAAAGCUUCACUUGAGCAAGACUCACGGGAAAUCCCCUGAAGACCACCUCAUGUAUGUAUGUGAGCUGGACAAACAGUAG